CUCAUACAGAAAAGGGUCAGAGCUCUUCAAAGUAUUUUACUGUCAUUGGAGACUACAGCGACACCGCUCAGUUUACACCACCAUAGCAGUUAAACGUGUUCGAAAAAGUUUCGAAACGACCAAGGCUUGUUAGCGACUUCUUUACAAGGGCGUGACGUCUCUGUGACGUCUUGUUUCCGUCACUGGCAGGAGGCGCUGUUAUGAGUGGCACUCUGGGUAAUCACCUCCCAGCGAGAAAAAAAUCGAAUCGUAUACCCAAUACAACGGAGCCGGUUUCGUUUUUAUGUAGUGCGAUAUACACGGAGUGUGCACUCUUUUCUGAACGUUAACCUCUUCUGCUUGUUAACUUAUUUGUUAAGUACAGGUAUAAAGUUGAAAAAUGUCCGCGCCUGGAUUUAAUCCGAGUCCCGCCGCCGGUCUCCCCAGACACCCGACGCCAAACGGAGGAGCUGUUCACCCCUAUCAAAACGGCCCAGCCCAGACUUCCCCAUCGAUGCAGCCCCAAGCAGGAUAUGGUGCACCUCAUCCGCACUAUAACUCAACCCCAGGACACUAUGCCCAGAUGCCCAGCAAAGCUCCUCCAGUGAACAAUCAGUAUGGCAUGAACUAUUACCAGAAUAACUACCAGCAGCCAGCGCCAACUACUGCCAGACCGAGCACAGCUCCUUUAUUUGGGGCCCCUCAAGUACACCCUCAGGUGUACAGUAGCAGGCCUCUUCCUCCGGUCAUUUCUCAGGCUGUGGGCCCCACCCCGAAUGUCUCCAUGUCUUCCGCUAGCCCUUUACAUACUGGUCCCCCCCAACCAAGUGUUUACCCUGCCAGCGCUGGAUACUACAGCGAUUCUAUGCCCUUGGUGGCACCAGCUGCCACCCCACCUCAGGGAUUCCCCUCACAUUCAGCUCUGGCCACCGUGCCCAUUGCAGCCAACUCCAUUUACCCCAUUGUCUCUUACCCUUCUGCACCUGGGAGUGGUCAGUACGACACACUGCCUUCUACCCAGACUUUUUCUGCCGCUGCUGGUCAUAACUCAGUUGGUACUGUACCCACGCCUAGUAGUGUGUCGACAGCACCCCAAGCACCUCUCCAGCAGGUUCCUUCAGGACACGGCAUUCCUUCCUCGUGGCCCUCUUCUGCUGCAGUGUCUGCUCCACCCAGCCACAGUGGAAGCCUUCCUGGGACCGGAGCAGCCGUGAAUAGCCAGGCAAAUACAGCCCCACCUUCAGCUGCUAACCGUCUUGACCAAAGCUAUCAGCCUCCUGGGACUCGCACGUUUGGAGCAGUCCGUCCUACAGCCAGCAGCCUUGCACCUGGGAGACUAACUGCUGGGACCUUGACUCCCCCUGUCCCUGCUUCCCCAGCACAGCAUGAAGGCAUGCAGUAUGGAAAUGUUGCUAAUAGUCGUGCUAGCUCUGCACCAACUCCCUUGUCAUCGAGUUCUGAUGAUGAGGAUGAUGACGAUGAGGGUGAGGAGGAUGAGGAAGCAGGUGCUGACAGCUCUUCAACAACUAGCAGUGCAUCCCCAGUCCCCAAUAAUUAUGAGGCCAUGGAAGGGGGGAGCUACCCAGAUACCUCUUCGGCAGUACCUCCAGGACCCCCUGUUUCACAGGCUUCCAAAGCUGCUAAGCCCUUUGGCUAUGGAUACCCGUCUCUCCAGCCUGCAUACCAACAGACCCCAGCACCGUCCUCACAUCCAACCAACUCCCAGUCCUCUAACCUCAGCAAUCCUCCUGGCUAUCAGCAGGACUCCCAGCCUUACCCCACUAUGAACCAGUUAUCUGCAGCCUUGGGGGGACUGAGUCUACCUGCCCAGCAGCUGGAAGGACUAAGACCUGUGAAUCUAAUGCAAGAUCGGAACAUUCUUCCCAAUACAGAAGUCCAAGCUCCUGUACCUAAUCUCAGUACAGACCUGAAGAAAGCAAACUGCAGUUCAGACUCUUUCCGAUGCACACUGACAAAUAUUCCUCAGACACAAGCAUUGUUAAAUAAAGCCAGACUGCCCCUUGGCCUGCUUCUUCAUCCUUUCAGAGAUCUUACGCAAUUACCUGUCAUAACGUCCAACACCAUUGUGAGAUGCCGCUCUUGCAGAACGUACAUUAACCCUUUUGUAUCCUUUCUUGACCAAAGGAGGUGGAAAUGUAAUUUGUGCUACAGAGUCAAUGAUGUUCCUGAAGAAUUCAUGUACAAUCCACUGACUCGUUCUUAUGGUGAACCACACAAACGUCCAGAAGUACAGAACUCAACUGUGGAGUUUAUUGCUUCUUCAGAUUAUAUGCUUCGCCCUCCUCAGCCUGCUGUUUAUCUGUUUGUCUUGGAUGUUUCUCACAAUGCUGUAGAAGCUGGUUACCUGAAUGUACUAUGUCAGUCUCUGCUUGAAAACUUGGACAAGCUACCUGGAGAUACGAGGACAAGAGUAGGAUUCAUAACAUUUGACAGCACUAUUCACUUUUACAACUUGCAGGAUGGAUUAUCACAGCCUCAGAUGCUUGUUGUCUCAGAUAUUGACGAUGUCUUUAUACCUACGCCUGAUAGUUUGCUGGUAAAUCUCAAGGAAAGCAAAGAGCUGGUGAAGGAUUUAUUAAAUGCACUGCCCAGCAUGUUCACCAACACAAGAGAGACACAUAGUGCACUAGGACCUGCCCUUCAGGCUGCCUUCAAACUGAUGUCUUCGACAGGGGGCCGGGUUUCUGUGUUUCAGACACAGUUGCCCUCUUUAGGAGCAGGUCUUCUGCACUCCAGAGAAGAUCCCAACCAAAGAUCCAGCACCAAGGUUGUGCAACAUCUAGGUCCAGCCACUGAUUUUUAUAAGAAGCUGGCGCUAGACUGUUCUGGGCAACAGAUCGCAGUCGACCUUUUCCUCUUGAGUUCCCAGUACUCGGACCUGGCAUCCUUAGCGUGUAUAUCCAAAUAUUCAGGAGGAACCAUUUUUUACUACCCGUCUUUCCAUCACAUUCACAAUCCUGCCCAGACAGAAAAAUUCCAGAAAGACCUCCGACGCUAUUUCACCAGAAAGAUAGGUUUUGAGGCUGUCAUGAGGAUAAGGUGCACCAAAGGUCUUUCUAUCCACACUUUCCAUGGCAAUUUCUUUGUACGUUCUACUGACCUGCUUUCUCUUGCCAAUGUCAAUCCGGACUCUGGAUUUGCUGUUCAGAUGUCUAUUGACGAAAGUCUGGCUGAUACAUCCCUGGUUUGCUUUCAGGCUGCUCUUCUUUACACCUCCAGUAAAGGCAAGCGAAGGAUUCGGGUGCAUACUCUUUGUUUGCCAGUGGUGAGCCAGUUGAAUGAAGUGUUUGCAGGAGCUGAUGUUCAGGCAAUUACAUGCCUAUUGGCAAAUAUGGCUAUUGAUCGAUCGAUUUCCUCCAAUCUGUCGGACUCCCGAGAUGCCCUGGUAAACGCUGUGGUGGACUCGCUCUCUGCUUACCGCUCAACUGCUUCCAGUUUGCAGUCUGGCCUGAUAGCUCCGUAUUCUCUCAGGCUUUUUCCCCUCUAUGUCCUGGCUCUACUCAAACAAAAAGCACUGAGAACUGGUAUUAGCACUAGACUGGAUGACCGAGUGUUUGCAAUGUGCGAGUUCAAGUGUCAGCCUCUGCAACAAAUCAUGCGCAUGAUUCAUCCCAAUUUAUACAGAAUAGACAAUCUCACUGACGAGGGAGCCCUCCAUGUUAAUGAUUCCAUAGUACCCCAGCCACCUAUUCUCCAGCUUUCUGCUGAGAGACUUACCAGAGAGGGGGCUUUCCUCAUGGAUUGUGGAUCUGUUCUUUAUCUGUGGGUUGGCAAAAGCUGUGAUGUGAAUUUUAUAAGGGAUGUACUUGGCUAUCCAAACCAAACUUCAGUACCACAGAAUAUGACACAAAUUCCAGAACUUGAAACCCCGUCUUCUGAAAGAACACGAUCUUUUAUUACCUGGCUCCAAGAGAACAGAUCAUUUAAUCCAGUUCUUUAUAUUUUGAAGGACGAUACUUCUGCCAAGACUAACUUCUUCCAGCAUUUAAUUGAAGACCGAACAGAAGCAGCUUUGUCUUAUUAUGAGUUUCUCCUCCACAUUCAGCAACAGAUCUCCAAAUAGAUGGUAGAUUAGCACUGAACCAUGAAGGUAGUGUUCUUAAAAUGGCAGCAGUGUGGUAAAACAUUAGAGGAAGGAAACCUUCACUUUUCCCUAUAUAGCCAGGUGGAAAGUAUCAGAAGAUAACAGUAAUCCUAUUGAACCGAUAAAGCUGUAAGAAGGAAGUGGAUAAUUUAUUAACUAAUGCCAUAGUAUUUUAUGAGAAAAAUGCUAAAAACAAUUGUAAAACGAGAUUUGUUUGUAGACAGAAUUACAGCAUUUUAAAUAAAUGGUCUUCUUACCUGCUUCCUGUAGUGCAAAGAAGAGUGUACCAUUUCUUAGUUGCUUUCAGCUGUCAGAAUUAUGUAGCUGUUCACAGAGAGAACCUUUCUUAGUGAAAUGUAACCGGCUCUAUGAAGUUUUCCUACAAUGAAUACAAAGAACUGUACUUGAGCUGGCAAAAAAGCAGAUGUGCAUGGUUUUGUGUUUGUUAAUACAGUUUUUAAAUCAAUUGUUCCUCCUUCAUUGAGACAAGCUCUUUUUUCAGGAUUGUCUGCAGCGAUUCAAAGACACUUGUUUUGAUGUAUCUAGCUAACUAAACUUUGUAAAGCCUGUAACAUGUAACAUGUAACUGCUAAUAGGAGAAGAUUCCGAAUGCGUGCAGCAGUGUUGUUACAUUUGAGGGUAGCAUCUCCUGCCCCAUGAAGAGCUGUGGAAGUCUGAGUAUUUAAGACUUUAGUGCUUGUGCCAUCCUCCAGUUUUAUCUGGCAAUAACUAACUCCUUCAUAAACACAAAUUGUUUCUCUUUGUAAUUCUCUUGCACAUAUUUUAUGUGAAAUGUAUUUAUUAUCUGCUUAUUAAUUAAAAAAAAUAAUAAUA